ACACAUUUAUGGUCAGUUGGAGUGCUUAAUUAAAGAUUGUGCAUUUAAAAGAGGAGGUCCUUCUCUCAUUUCAUUUAAUCAGAAAAUAUGGACAAUAAAAGCAUAUGUGAAGCAAAACUGCCUUACUUGCUUAUUUGCAAGAAAAAGCAGGUGUUCCUUCAAGGUGCAUGACUCGCUUCCAUCUAUUUGUUUUUCAGUGCUCAUUGUAGAAAAAUGAAAAACUUUCAGGCGUCUGACUGAAUCUUCUCUAUUUUGCAAUGUGCUUUAAAAGAAUUUUAGCCAUAUUUUUUGUGUUGGUCAGGGAGAAAUUGUGAAAAAUAUCUGGAUAUCUUUACAAGACAUCAGUGUUCUAAUUGCAUGCAGCCAUUUAGCACAGGCUGACUACCAACCAUUAGGUUUAGAGUGUGUGACUAAGGAUAAAAUAUUGACUGAAAAAUUCACCUGCAGUGAGUUAUUCUGCUUUUACUGGUAAUUGUGUUGUUUCAGCGGCAGGGCAGACACACACAUAACUGUCCUUUUUUGCAGUAGCUGUCUGUAUGUUUCGGGUCAUGAUGGUGUCGCUCUGGGGGGUCGGCCAUGUUUGUGUUCCCCUGAUGUCUGAUGCUUUGUACAAAAGGACCUGAGAAAGGCAGAUGUGUGGCAUCAGAGUAUUUCACAGAGCCAGAGAUAGAGAUCACGACAGAAAACACAGCCAAUAUACUGAAAAUGGUUCGGACUGCCACUCCCUUCCCCAUGGUCUCUCUGCUCUUUGUCUUCACUGCGUUUGUCAUCAGCAACAUUGGCCACAUCCGGCCACAGCGCACCAUCCUCGCAUUUGUUUCCGGAAUAUUCUUCAUAUUGUCAGGUCUCAGCCUGGUUGUGGGUUUGGUAUUAUAUAUUUCUAGUAUUAAUGACGAGGUGAUGAAUCGACCCAGAGAACCUGAGCAGUUCUUCCACUACCACUACGGCUGGUCCUUUGCCUUUGCCGCCUCCUCCUUCCUGCUCAAAGAGGGUGCAGGAGUGAUGUCUGUCUACCUGUUCAUGAAGCGUUAUGCUGAGGAGGAGCUUUACCGCCCCCACCCUGCUCUCUACCGUCCCCGCAUGUCUGACUGCAGCGACUACAGUGGGCAGUACCUCCAUCCAGACUCAUGGGCUCCACCGCAGCGGGGCCGCAGGGGCUCCGAUGUUUCCUCUGACAUCUCCAUCCAGCUCAACCAGACUCCACCACCACAGCAGCCUUCCAAGGGAGGCAGCAGCUCCCAGGCAACCCCCUCUUCCUCUGGGCCCUCAUCGGCAGCAAGCUACCAGCUCCAGCCAGCCUCUUCCUCCUCCACUUCAUCUUCCUAUCCACACCCUCUUCACCCAGGUGCCACCUCCACCCUACCCAGAGCCUCCCAUGCCCACACCCACUCUCAGCCUCACCCUCACCCGAGCGGUCCUCCCCAGUCCCUGCCUAUGGUGGCUCCACCUGCUGCCGUGCUCCCUCCUCGCUACCACACACACACACGAAUGAGUGCAUCUCCAUGCUAGGAUACUUAAGCAGGGAGAACAGGAGGGAUGUAAAGGUCGGGGGUGGGGUGGGGUGUGUGUAUGGGGGGGUGGGGUUACAUUGGCUCUUUUACAGCUCUUAUACACAACACAUGCACACAGACACAAAUCCUGUACCCUCAGAGUGUGUGGGCAGAGGGUUGCAGCAGAGUAGCAGAAGGAAGGAGGUUUACAAUCAAAAAGAGGAGAGACGAGGAAACAAAAGAGGGGAGGGGAAGAGGCAGGUGGGCGAACGGAUGACUCACUGCUGAUGUUAAGACAGAUGUUUAAUUAACAAAACUUUUAACACAGAGGGAACAUGGGAGGGCAAUGAGUUAGGAAUAUGAUGAUUACUAGCAUCAAAACAAUUACGGGGGUCUCUGGUGGGAAUAUUCAUCAUCAGGGAAAUGAUACAUGGGCAUCAAUGUGAAGCAGCAAGAAACGGGAAGCGUGUCCACAAAACUGUUUUCUUUUAGAAGACUUCCAUUUUUCCCAUAUUUGCAGUUGUUACUUUUUUUAGAUUCAUGGACAUGGUUGGGAAGACUACUUUUAUUAUACUGUAUCUUAACUGUUUUCAAAUAAUUGUAUGAACAAGUUAAAAAAAUAUUUUAUCUACAGUGAUUAAAGGUAUUCCAGGGCAGGUGCAGAAAUACUUUUGAGGAUUAAUGUCCAUGUAGAUCUGUAGAUUUUUCUGUCUAAUGGAUGAUUUGUGGCAAAACAUGACAUGGUCUCCAAAGAGUGAAAAAAUCUGAUUUUAUUUCUCUGAUUUUGUCUUGCAACCCUUCAUAACUCUUAAAGUGAUGCAUUUAUCUCUGAUUCAUGUGUCCAAUCCAGGAAAUGUCCUUGGAAUUAAUCCAAAAUAUAGAUAUUUUAUUGCACUCAGUUAUUAUAAUGUUUUAUUUAACACAAGUUAUGAUGCUUUCCAAACCUUACCCAUGUAGUUCUGAAAGCCUAAUAUUUACCAAGUAGUUGUCAAUAGUUACUUGUUGCUUAGACUUUUAUGGGUAACCACAAUCAAAUAAUUGGAAGUGUGAAACAGCAUCCAAAAAGCUACCAAAUCUUAAAAUGGCAUUUAAAA